GAGUUUCAUAAGCUAUUCGCCGACCAUUCCGACACAAACGAAGAAGAAACUAGGCGGAAGUAAUUGUUGUCAUGGCGUCUCCCAUGUAAACGCGUAACCAAAAUUCAUCACACAUUUUGUGGGGAGUUUUAAAGGUCGACGUAGCUGGCUCUCCGACGUCAGGAACAACAAUGAGCACUCAGUACAGCAUUCUUUUCAAGCAAGAACAUGCACAUGAUGAUGCAAUUUGGACGGCAGCUUGGGGUAAAAGUGAGGCGGAUGGGACGGAAACUAUUGUCACUGGCUCCUUAGAUGACAUGGUCAAGGUCUGGAAAUGGUCAGAUGAGAAGCUGGAGCUGCAGUGGACUCUGGAGGGCCACCAGUUGGGUGUGGUGUCAGUGGAUAUCAGUCACAACGGAGCAAUCGCUGCCUCCAGCUCCCUAGACGCCCACAUCCGCCUCUGGGACCUGGAGUCUGGGAAACAGAUCAAGUCUAUGGAUGCAGGCCCAGUUGAUGCGUGGACAGUCGCCUUCUCCCCUGACUCUAAAUACAUUGCCACAGGAAGCCAUCUUGGCAAGGUCAACAUCUUUGGAGUGGAGAGUGGAAAGAAGGAGUAUUCUCUGGACACCCGAGGGAAAUUCAUCCUGAGUAUAGCUUACAGCCCAGAUGGAAAAUACUUGGCCAGUGGCGCUAUUGAUGGAAUCAUCAACAUCUUUGACAUUGCCACUGGAAAACUGCUCCAUACACUCGAAGGUCAUGCCAUGCCCAUCAGGUCUCUCACCUUCUCCCCUGACUCCCAGCUCCUGGUCACAGCCUCGGACGAUGGCUACAUCAAGAUUUAUGAUGUGCAACACGCCAACCUGGCUGGCACACUGAGUGGCCAUGGAUCCUGGGUUCUUAAUGUGGCCUUUUCCCCAGAUGACACCCAUUUUGUCUCCAGCUCGUCAGACAAGAGUGUGAAGGUUUGGGACGCCAGCUCCAGAGCAUGUGUCAACACUUUCUUCGACCACCAAGACCAGGUUUGGAGCGUCAAGUACAACAAUACAGGCUCAAAGAUCAUCUCAGCUGGAGACGACCGGGCCAUCCACAUCUAUGACUGCCCCAUGUGAUGAAGGAUAUCCAGUACCAGGGUGGACUGGACCAACAGAUCAGGACAAACUCUGGAUUUUCAGAGCAGUUACUAUGACCAUAUUGUUGAGAUUGGGGAUGGAGGGGUGGGGGACACAUUGUAAAUGUCAUGGAUUAUUUUGCAUUGGCCUGCCAUGGUCAAAUAAAAGCAGUUUGUUUUUGUA